UGGUGUUGCCACGUCACACGCCUUCCGCCAGAGUCCAAACGCGUGCAUGGGAAAGCGUUUGCCGCUUGCCAGCCGCUUGCACUUCUGGGAAUCACCGUUCGUAGAUCACCUCAUCCGCAACAAUGAGAUCCUCCCUCUACCUCUUCCUCGCGGCCUUCCUCGCCACCCUCCUGGUGUCGCUGCCCCUCGUUGCAGCCGAAAAGAAGCGGGACGUCACCUCCUUGCAAAUUGGCGUCAAGCACAAAGUAGAAUGCACCCGGAAGUCUCAAAAGGGCGAUAAGCUCUCCAUGCACUACACCGGAACCUUGUACUCGACCGGAGAGAAGUUCGACUCCUCCCUCGACCGCAACCAGCCGUUUGAGUUCACCGUUGGAGCCGGACAAGUUAUCAAGGGCUGGGACCAAGGCCUCCUGGACAUGUGCCCCGGCGAAAAGAGGAAGCUCGUCAUCCCUUCUUCGCUCGGCUACGGUGACCGGGGCGCUCCCCCGAAGAUUCCCGCCGGCGCAACUCUGGUAUUUGAGACGGAAUUGUUGGAGAUCAAGAAUGUGCGUAACGAGUUGUAGAAGCGGAUCUGCAUUGGGUGAAUGAAGAAUAGACCGGGUUGCAAAUUGCGACCGUAGCCUUGGAUUUUUCAAGGGAUUCCGUCUGGUGCAUGCGCUCCUUGUACGUGUGAUACGGGAUUCCUGGCGCUGUUAGAGGACAUGUAGCACCCAC